AGGGCUACGCCGACUCCAACAGCGGAGAGUCGGACUCGGACGUGUCGGACGUCCCGGAGCUCGACUCGGACAUCGAGCAGGAAGCUCAGACCAGCUACGAACGUCAGGUGUAUAAGGAGGACCUACCUCAGCUGAGGAAGAAGCUGAUUGGUUCUCUGAAGCGCCAGAAGGCUCCGGAGGAGGGGCUUCGUCUGCAGUUUGUUCACGGGUACCGGGGCUUCGACUGCAGGAACAACCUGUUCUACAGCCAGACAGGGGAGCUGCUGUUCCACGUGGCUGCGGUCGCUGUGGUGUACGACCGCCUGAAGCACAGCCAGAGGUUCUACCUGGGCCACGACGAGGACAUCCUCUGCCUCACCACGCACCCCAUCAAGGACUACGCUGCCUCCGCUCAGGUGGGCAGAGACCCGGCGGUCCAUGUGUGGGACAUCCAGACUCUGAAAUGUCUGUCGCUGCUGAAGGGUCAUCACAGCAGGGGGGUGUGUGCUCUGGAGUUCACAGCGGACGGGAAGAGUUUGGUCUCAGUGGGAAUCGAUGAAUUUCACUCCAUCGUCAUCUGGGACUGGAAGAAAGGAGAGAGACUAGCCAAGGCCAGGGGUCACAAAGAGAAGACGUUCGUGGUGAGGAGCAACCCGUUCAGGAUGGACAAGCUGGUGACGGUCGGCAUAAAGCACAUCAAGUUCUGGCAGCACUCAGGGGGCGGCCUCACCUUUAAACGGGGGAUCUUUGGGAACCUGGGGAAGCAGGAGACGAUGAUGUCGGCGUGUUACGGUCGAUCGGAGGACCUGGUGUUCUCCGGAGCGACCAAUGGAGACGUCUACAUCUGGAGAGACACCACGCUCAUCAAGACCAUCAAAGCCCACGACGGGCCCGUGUUCGCCAUGUGCUCCCUGGACAAGGGCUUUGUGACGGGGGGGAAGGACGGCAUCGUGGAGCUGUGGGACGACAUGUUCGAGAGAUGCCUGAAGACGUACGCCAUCAAGAGGGCCGCGCUGUCCCCCGCCUCCAAAGGUCUGCUGCUGGAGGACAACCCCUCCAUCAGAGCCAUCACUCUGGGUCACGGUCACAUCCUGCUGGGCACCAAGAACGGAGAGAUCCUGGAGAUCGAUAAGAGCGGCCCGAUGACCCUCCUGCUGCAGGGUCACAUGGAGGGGGAGGUGUGGGGUCUGGCGGCUCAUCCUCUACUUCCUGUCUGCGCCACCGUCAGCGAUGACAAAACCCUGAGGAUCUGGGAGCUGUCGGCCAAUCAUCGCAUGGUGGCCGUCCGCAAACUGAAGAAGGGAGGUCGCUGCUGCGCCUUCUCUCCGGACGGGAAGGCGCUGGCCGUGGGUCUGAGCGACGGCAGCUUCCUGGUGGUGAACGCUGACACGCUGGAGGACAUGGUGACCUUCCACCACCGCAGGGAGCUCAUCUCGGACAUCCGCUUCUCCCAAGACUCCGGGAAGUACCUGGCCGUGGCGUCGCACGACUCUUUCGUGGACAUCUACAACGUUCUGACCAGCAAGAGGGUGGGAAUCUGCAAAGGAGCGGGAAGCUACAUCACACACAUCGACUGGGACUCCAGAGGUAAGCUGCUGCAGGUGAACACAGGAAACAAAGAGCAGCUGUUCUUCGAGGCGCCGCGAGGCCGGAAGCAGAGCAUCAGCAUGGCCGAGUUUGAGAAGCUGGAGUGGGCGAGCUGGACGUCUGUGCUGGGUCCCACCUGUGAGGGGGCGUGGCCUACCUGUGAGGGGGCGGGGAAUACCUGUGAGGGGGCGUGGCCAUCGCUCGGCCUACUGAACGCAGCCUCGCUCACUAAGGACCGCCAGCUGCUCGCCACCGGGGACGACUUCGGGUUCCUCAAACUGUUCAGCUUCCCCUCACGGGGCCAGUUUGCUAAGUUUAAGAAGUACGUGGGUCACAGCUCCAACGUGACGAACGUGCGCUGGUCCAACGACGACUCGCUGCUGCUGUCGGUGGGGGGGGGCGACACGGCGCUGAUGAUCUGGACCCGAGAGCCAGGAGGAGGCCACAAGGAGAGCAGAGAGAGCCGAGCUGUGGACAGCGAGGAGUCCGACGACGACCCGGAGGAGGACGGGGGCUACGACAGCGACGUGGCGCGGGAGAAGGUGGUGGAUUACAUCACUAAGAUCUACUCUGCGAGCAUCAGGAACAUGACGGGAACCAGACCUCACCUACAGCACCGAGAAGUGCCUGUGGAGGAGAGGCCUCCAGUGAGUCGUGCUGCUCCGCUGCCUGAGAAGCUUCUGAAGAACAACGUGAGCAAGAAGAAGAAGCUGGUGGAGGAGCUUGUGCUGGAGCACGUGUUCGGCUACAGAGGCUUCGACUGCCGCAACAAUCUGCACUACCUGAACGACGGCAACGACAUCAUCUUCCACACCGCGGCCACCGUCAUCAUCCAGAACCUGUCUGCCGGAACGCAGAGUUUCUACCUGGAGCACACCGACGACAUCCUGUGUCUGACCGUCAACCAGCAUCCUAAAUACCAAAACAUCAUCGCCACGGGACAGAUCGGUGACCUCGCUGACCUGCCAGAGGCGGAGGUGUUCGGCCUCUCUCCCUCCAUCCAUGUGUGGGACGCCCUCACUAAGCAGACGCUCUCCAUCCUGCGCUGCUCUCAUGCUAAAGGCGUGGGCUACGUUAACUUCAGCGCCACAGGAAAGCUGCUGCUGUCCGUGGGGGUGGAGCCUGAACACACCAUCACCGUGUGGAGGUGGCAGGAAGGCACCAAGGUGACCUGUAAAGGCGGCCAUGCUGAGCGGAUCUUCGUGGUGGAGUUCAGACCGGACUCAGACACCCAGUUUGUGUCGGUGGGAAUCAAACACAUCAAGUUCUGGACCCUGGUGGGCGGCUCGCUGGUUUACAAGAAGGGAGUGAUCGGAGUGGUGGAGGACGGCCGCAUGCAGACCAUGCUGUCCGUGGCCUUCGGUGCUAACAACCUGACAUUCACCGGCGCCAUCAACGGAGACGUGUUCGUGUGGCGGGAGCACUUCCUGGUGCGCGUGGUGGCGAAGGCGCACAGCGGCCCGGUGUUCACGAUGUACACCACGCUGAGGGACGGCCUGAUCGUCACCGGGGGGAAGGAGAGGCCGACGAAGGAGGGUGGAGCGGUGAAGCUGUGGGAUCAGGAGAUGAAACGCUGCAGAGCCUUCCAGCUGGAGACGGGUCAGCCGGUGGAGAACGUGAGGUCCGUCUGCAGGGGGAAGGGGAAGAUCCUGGUGGGCACGAAGGACGGGGAGAUCAUCGAGGUGGGGGAGAAGAACGCCGCCUCAAACACCAUGAUCAACGGCCACACUCAGGGGGGCAUCUGGGGGCUCGCCGCCCACCCCUUCAAAGACGUCUUCAUCUCCGCCAGCGACGACGGCACCAUCCGCAUCUGGGACCUGGCCGACAAGAAACUGCUGAACAAGGUGAGUCUGGGCCACCCUGCUAAGUGCACGUCCUACAGUCCUAACGGGGAGAUGGUUUCCAUCGGGAUGGAGAACGGAGAGUUCAUCGUUCUGCUCGUCAACUCUCUGACCGUGUGGGGCAAGAAGAGAGACCGCAGCGCCGCCAUCCAGGACAUCAGGUUCAGUCCUGAUAACCGGUUCCUGGCGGUGGGUUCUCUGGAGAGCGCGGUGGAUUUCUAUGACCUGUCUCUGGGCCCGGCUCUGAACCGGGUCGGGUACUGCAAGGACCUCCCGGGGUCCGUGCUCCAGGUGGACUUCUCUGCUGACAGCAAGCACAUCCAG